CAAAGCUGCAUUCAUGAUGCUUUGUCAGGGUCAUUCAUGUUGUCAGUCUUUUACUGCAACACAUGUAAUUGUAUCUGUACUUUUAAUAUUUCUUGUUAUUUUACUUCCAACACAUGCAGUUGAUUUGAAAAAAACAACAGGGAAUGGUCCAGGAACUACUAAAGGUAUAAAAGAAAUUAUUCUUGGUAGAUGUUAUGACUACACCACCCUGAUGAAACCUGUUUUGAAAAAUGUGAAUUGUGAAAAUGUUUGGAACACAUUUAAAUCAUCAUUUGCUAAUAAAAUUCCUUGUAAAGUGAUGCCAAGUGACUACUAUAAUUUCUUGGAUUUGACAAAAACCGGAAUAGCUACUGGAAAGUCUGUAUUUUGGAGUGGAAUUAAUAAACUGGCCCAUGACUAUACAAAAGUCAGUCCCGAGUAUGUGACAAUGGAAGAUACACUUUCUGGAUAUUUAGUUAAUAAUCUGGUGUGGUGUGGAAGAACAAACGGUGGUGAUGGAAUUAACUAUGAAAGGUGCCCUGCCUAUGAUGAUUGUGCUGACAGCCCCAUUAAAUCCUUUUGGUUUGCAGCAUCCAAAUAUUUUGUAGAUGCUGCAUCGGGUCCUGUCACUGUGAUGCUUAGUGGAUCUGCAGAUAAAGCAUUCAGAAAAGACAGUGUGUUUCGACUUCUUGAACUUCCCGUUCUGGCUUCAAAGGCAAUGCCACCUCCUAUAAAUAUUUGGGUAGCGGACAACAUCGAAGGACCUGACAAAGAAUCAUGUGGCAAAGGUACAGUUGCAGAAUUAGAAGAAUACCUGAAAAACAAAAAGAUUAAGUACACCUGUACUGACAAUCCCAGAGCUAUGAUUCUCCUACAAUGUGCAGCCCAUCCUAACAAUUCCAAAUGCAAAGAUUUCUACAGAAUCAAUCCCUAGAUCUCCUCUGCUCUAAGCAGUCAAAGAAACAUCAUUGGAAGAAAAUGAUUCUAACAAUAAAUAAUACUGUGAUAGUAUGUCCCAGAGACUAAAAUGUUAGCAAAAUGCAGCAGUAAUACCUGAUAUUUAUAAUGACAGUAAUUGUGAUAAGUUUUCCUUCUCUGUCUUUCUUCAGUUAAAAUGUGUCACAGCAGGGCACACGUUACUAUGAGUUGAUAUUAAUUCAGAGAAACUACUGUGGUGACAUCCAAAAACCAUCUCAAAAUGAAUGUCUUUUUCUACAUAUGAGUUAUGACACACUGGACUUGUAGUUCUGCCUCAGUCAGCAACUUCAUUCUGACAAAUGAUUCUUCCCUUAUGUCAUGUCGUUCACACUUAGUUCCAAAUUUGAAAUAAAACACUGAUUCAGAAUAUACUAUAUUCCCAUGUUCUGCAAUGUUCUGCUAUUGAACAAUCAGUUCAGGCACAUUACUCACACACAUCAUAACCUUGUACAUGAUGCAGUGUCACUUAACACGCAAGACACACAUAUCACAAAAUGAUUGGAAGUUCUAAACGUCCAGUCACUUCAAGCAACAUUUUCUGUCUCUCAGUCAGACACAACCUGUUUGAAUCAUUUAUUAAAUGAGGAGUUUUUGAUACAUUUUGUAUAUUGUGUAUUGGAUGCAUUUAUGUACUAUGGCUGUCUAGUAAGCGGUAAAGGAGUAACUGAUGCAUCUGCAUUGUGAAGAAAGAGCUACUUGGUUUACACAACAAAACAGUAACAGAAACUGGUGUGUGUGUACACACAUGUGCACACACACACACACACACACACACACACACACACACACACACA